CGAGCGGCGGCGGAAGCGGAAGCGCCUCGGCGGUGGGGGCCGCGGUAAGUGUCUGUAGCGUUCUCCCUCCCUCUCAACUACAAUAACAGACUGAGGGCCGGCGUAGGUGCUUUGAAGUCAAAUAAAGAAGGAGAAAUUUGCUCUUUGAUACUGGAGACUACACAGCAAUGGGGCCACGAAAGAAAAGUGUGAAAACUUGUCUUAUGAAUAAUGAAAUCCCAGAGGAAACGAUAUCAGAUGAAACAAAGGACUAUAUGAAUCAACUUUCACAUGAAGUACUUUGCCAUAUUUUUAGGUACCUCCCUCUGCAGGAUAUCAUGUGUAUGGAAUGUCUUUCCCGGAAGCUAAAGGAAGCAGUGACCCUGUAUCUGAGAGUCGUGAGGGUUGUGGAUCUCUGUGCAGGGAGGUGGUGGGAAUACAUGCCAAGUGGCUUCACAGAUUCCAGUUUUCUAACGCUAUUGAAGAAGAUGCCAGAUGUCGAACAGCUAUAUGGCCUUCAUCCGCGAUACCUUGAGAGGCGAAGAGUAAGGGGCCAUGAGGCUUUCAGCAUUCCAGGAGUCCUAGAAGCUUUGCAGGCAUGCCCAAACUUAGUGGGUGUGGAAACUUCUCAUUUGGAGUUGGUAGAAUCCAUUUGGACAUAUAUGCCACAUGUUCAUAUUUUGGGGAAAUUUCGUAAUCGUAAUGGAGCAUUUCCAAUUCCUCCUGAAAAUAAACUGAAAAUUCCUAUAGGAGCCAAAAUUCAAACUUUACAUUUAGUUGGGGUGAACGUUCCUGAAAUUCCUUGUAUCCCAAUGCUAAGGCACCUUUAUAUGAAGUGGGUAAGACUCACUAAACCACAACCGUUUAAAGACUUUCUUUGUAUCAGCUUAAGAACUUUCGUCAUGAGGAACUGUGCAGGACCCACGAAUUCCUUGAAAUAUGUCCCUUUAGUAACAGGCUUAGCCUCUGCCCGAAACUUGGAACAUUUAGAAAUGGUUCGAGUUCCUUUCCUUGGAGGUCUUAUCCAACAUGUAGUUGAAGACAGUUGGAGAUCAGGUGGUUUUAGAAAUUUGCACACUAUUGUUUUGGGAGCUUGCAAAAAUGCUCUUGAAGUAGAUCUUGGUUACCUCAUCAUCACCGCUGCCCGUAGGUUACAUGAAGUUCGAAUCCAGCCUUCCCUAACCAAAGAUGGUGUCUUUUCUGCUCUAAAGAUGGCAGAGUUGGAGUUUCCCCAAUUUGAAACCCUUCAUCUGGGAUAUGUAGAUGAGUUUUUGCUGCAGAGCAGAAUGGCUAAUGCAGAUCUCGUGAAAUAUGGUUUGGCUGACGUGGUAGAAAAUCCUGGUAUCAUCACUGACAUAGGGAUGAAGGCAGUCAAUGAAGUUUUCUCCUGUAUCAAAUAUCUGGCAAUUUACAAUUGCCCCCAUCUACACAACCCAUACAAUUGGAUCUCAGACCACUCAAGGUGGACUCGAUUGGUUGAUAUCAACCUAGUGCGGUGCCACGCUUUGAAGCUGGACUCCUUUGGCCAGUUUAUUGAAUUAUUGCCCAGCUUGGAGUUUAUUUCACUGGACCAGAUGUUUCGUGAACCACCCAAGGGCUGUGCUCGAGUUGGUCUGAGUGCAGGCACAGGAAUUGGGGUUUCCUCAGCCCUUGUUAGCAACCAGAACUCCAACAAUGACAAUGACAAUAAUGCCCAGAAUAACAAUGCCAACCUCCAUGACAACAAUCACCAUCACCCAGAUGACUCAGAUGAGGAGAAUGACUUUCGGCAAGACCUGCAACCAGGAGAGCAGCAGUUUGCAGCCGACGCAUUAAAUGAGAUGGAAGACAUAGUGCCAGAAGAUGGAGAGGUGGUGGCUGAGAGUGGAAACAAUACUCCAGCUCACAGUCAGGCAAUUAUUCCUGUGGAUGUUGAUGAGGAACAAGCAGGUCCCAGUGGCCUUCAACGUGUAGUAAAACCAACCCCAAUUACUGUUCAUGAUUCAGAGAGCGAUGAUGAGGAAGACAGUCUAGAACUCCAAGAAGUCUGGAUUCCUAAGAAUGGUACUCGGCGUUACUCUGAACGUGAAGAAAAAACUGGAGAAUCUGUGCAGUCCAAGGAAUUGUCAGUAAGUGGAAAAGGCAAGACUCCACUUCGAAAGAGGUACAACUCCCAUCAGAUGGGCCAGUCGAAGCAGUUUCCCCUCGAGGAAAGCAGCUGUGAGAAAGGCUGUCAGGUCACCAGUGAGCAGAUCAAAGCCGAUAUGAAAGCAGCUAGGGAUAUUCCUGAAAAGAAAAAAAACAAGGAUGUUUAUCCCAGCUGCAGCAGCACCACCGCCAGCACAGUGGGAAACUCCAGCUCACACAGCACUGCUUCUCAAAGCCCCGACUUUGUAAGGACGGUGAACAGCGGCGGCUCUUCCGAGCCUAGCCCUACAGAAGUGGAUGUGUCCAGGCAGUGUGUCUGCUCCCCCGGUGGGUCAGAGGACUCUGAGGCCAUGGAGGAGGGAGAUGCAGAAAGUUCUGUCUGCCCCAGAUGCUGCUGUCACAGGCCCCAGGAAUCCCAAAGGAGAACUAGCAGGUGUUCUGAUGAGGAACGUCCUUCAACCAGCCGAGCCUGUGUUGUGAAUGGCCCGGAUGAAGUUGCCAAAACUAAGCCACGUCAUGCCAUGAAACGGAAACGGACAGCAGAUAAAUCCACCAGUACCAGUGACCCUGUGAUUGAGGAUGACCACGUGCAGGUUCUUACAUUAAAAUCCAAAAAUCUUGUUGGAGUCACUAUGACCAAUUGUGGAAUCACAGAUCUAGUGCUAAAAGACUGUCCCAAGAUGAUGUUCAUCCAUGUUCCACAGGUGGACACACUAACUUUGGAGCAGAAGCUGUUUAGUGGUCCCUACCCCUAUCACAUCUGCAUUAUCCAUGAAUUCAGUAACCCUCCUAAUGUCCGCAAUAAGGUGCGCAUUCGCAGCUGGAUGGACACCAUAGCAAACAUCAAUCAAGAGCUCAUUAAGUACGAAUUCUUCCCUGAGGCCACUCGAAGUGAAGAAGACUUAAAGAAGUACCCCAAGUACCCCUGGGGAAGAGAAAUCUAUACUUUAGAAGGUGUUGUGGAUGGAGCUCCGUAUUCCCUGAUUUCUGACUUUCCUUGGCUGAGGUCAUUACGGGCAGCAGAGCCCAACAGCUUUGCCCGAUACGAUUUUGAAGACGAUGAAGAAAGCACCAUCUAUGCUCCUCGAAGGAAAGGGCAGCUCUCUGCAGACAUCUGUAUGGAAACAAUAGGAGAGGAAAUUUCAGAGAUGCGACAGAUGAAGAAGGGUGUGUUUCCGCGAGUUGUGGCGAUUUUUAUCCACUAUUGUGAUGUCAAUGGAGAACCAGUUGAAGAUGACUACAUCUGAUUGGCCACCCUCCUUUCCAGCUAUUCUGUCAGAACGCAGCUAGUGCCAUCCAGCUGCCAGAACGCUCCACAGGGACUUGAGGCAUGCAGUUGGGAGGCCCUGGCUCGGUUCGAUAUAUAGGAAAUGUAUAAGGAACAUUGAAGUUGUAUACAAAGAUUUGUACAUAGAGGAAAUAUACAAAGACACUUCCUAAAGUUCCAACUUUAUAUCAUAUGUUUAUACAAUUUAAUUUAAAAAUUCAUUUUAAUGAAGGCAGAUAAUUUGAAAGAGUUCAUUUUGUUCAUUUUUCCUGACUUAGUUAAUAAAGUAUCAUUUUUUGACUGAGCCCCAUUUACUAUAUUCUUAAUAAUCACUGUCAUCCCCUUAAAUCUGUGCCUUUUUCUUCUCGAAGCUGUUUGAGUAAAUCUGUUGAAGAGUGUU